AUGCAAUAUGGCAACAGCUUUGACGAGGGUGAUAUAUGUUUCUGUCUCCUUUUCCAAAUCGUUUUCUACGAAGGCCGCAACUUCCAGGGCCGCCACUGGGAGUGCAGCAGUGACUGCAUGGACACCUUCAGGCACUUCAACUGCUGCAACUCCAUCCGUGUGAGCGGCGGUCACUGGGUGGCCUAUGAGAAGCCCCACUACAUGGGAUACCAGUACAUCAUGAGCCCCGGCGAGUACCCUGACUACCACUCCUGGAUGGGCUUCAACAACUGUGUCCGCUCCUGCCAGAUGUACCCCCCUUAUAGAGGAUCCUACAGGAUGAGGAUCUACAACAGGCCCGACAUGAUGGGACACACAAUGGAGUUCAUGGACGACUGCCCCAACCUGUAUGAUCGCUUCCGCUACCGUGACAUUUAUUCCUGCAACAUCAUGGAGGGCUUCUGGAUCUUCUAUGAGCACCCUAACUACAGGGGACGCCAGUAUUUCCUGCGCCCUGGAGAGUACAGGGCCUGUGGCGACUGGGGCUGCCACAACCCCAUGGUUGGCUCCUUCAGGAGGAUGAGGACUGUCAUGUAA